AUGGUGGGGACGGCUAAUGGUAGCAGAACACCAGUCACACCACGGCAAGCUUUUUCGGUUGUCAAUGGCGGCCAAGAUCCGGUUUUGCGGAGUGGACCAGGUAGCAUUGCUGGUUCGGAUUGUGGAGGGAUUGAGUUCACAAGAGAAGAGGUUGAAGCAUUGUUGAAUGUCAAGAUCAGAACCAAGGAUAAAUUCAAUCUCAAGGAAAAAUGCGAGAUGAUGAUGGACUAUAUAAAAAAACUUCGGAUGUGUGUAAGAUGGUUCCAAGAAUUUGAAGGGGAGCUUUCUUUCGAGCACGAGAAGCUUAAAAAGCUGUUUGAAUCAGCAGAAAAGAAAUCCAAUGACAUGGAAAUGCUCAUGAAUGCGAAGGAAGAAGAACUGAACUCAAUAAUAGUGGAGUUGCGAAAGAAUUACUCCCUUUUACAAGAGAAAUUCAUGAAAGAAGAAACUGAUAAGUUGGCUGCAAUUGAAACAUUAAUGAAAGAAAAGGAUGCAAGAAUGUCUGCUGAGAGAUCACUAGCCUCCCUCAAGGAAGAUCUUGAAAAAGCUGUCAGAGAGAGUUCCAGUGCUAAUCAGAAGAUAUUAUCAAUCAAUGAUAUGUACAAGAGGUUGCAGGAGUACAACACAAGCUUACAACAAUACAACAGUAAGCUCCAGACGGAACUUAAUCAAACUAGUGAUACCCUUAAGACUGUGGAGCGAGAGAAGGCUGCUUUAACGGAAAAUCUCAGUAAGUUGAGAGGCUACCAUGCUUCUCAGCAGGAUCAGUUGGCAUCUACCAAAGCAAGUCUAGAAGAGUCAAUGAAGCUAAAAGAAGCUUUAUCUAGCGAAGUUGGAUGUUUGAGAGGGGAUUUGCAUCAAGUGAGAGAAGAUCGUGAUCGCCAACUUUUACUAGUGCAAGAUUUAACAGCAGAAGUGUUGCAAUAUAAGGAGUGUACCGGAAAGUCGGCAGCUGAGUUGGGCGACCUAACGUCAAAAUCAAUUCAGCUCGAGGCUACAUGUACUUUGCAAAGUGACACAAUAAGAAGACUGCAGGAGCAGCUUGCUAUUGCAGAGAAGAAAUUGGAGAUAUCUGAUUUAUCAUCGUUGGAGACAAGAACGGGAUACGAAGAACAGAAGAGACUUAAUUCUGAGUUACAAAUUCGUGUGGAUGAGGCAGAACUGAAAGUGGUUGAAGGAGAAGCCCUACGGAAAAAGUUGCAUAAUACAAUAUUGGAACUAAAAGGAAACAUUCGAGUUUUCUGCAGAGUCCGGCCCCUCUUGUUGGAUGAAGGUGUUGAUAAUGAAACAAAGAUUGUAUCUUUUCCUACAACGACUGAAACUGUUGGUCGUGGCAUUGAAUUGGUACAACAUGGGCAAAGCCAUCCUUUUAUGUUUGACAAGGUAUUUACGCCCCAAUCAUCACAAGAAGAGGUGUUUGUAGAGAUAUCUCAGCUUGUACAAAGUGCACUCGAUGGUUAUAAGGUUUGCAUCUUUGCAUAUGGUCAAACAGGAUCUGGCAAGACACAUACGAUGAUGGGCACGCCAGGAAGCUAUGACGAGAAAGGACUAAUACCCCGUUCUUUGGAACAAAUAUUUGAGUCUCGACAAAAGCUUUUAGACCAAGGGUGGAAGUACGAAAUGCAGGUCUCAAUGCUGGAGAUAUACAAUGAGAAUAUUCGUGAUUUGUUGGCGUCAAACAGAUCUUGUUCCACAGAUAGUGGUAGUAAGCAGCAGUAUGCAAUAAAACAUGAUGCGAGUGGCAACACCCAUGUUUCGGAUUUGACUAUUGUGGAUGUUCGUAGCAGUCGAGAAGUUUCAUUUUUGUUAAACCGAGCUGCACAAAGCAGGUCUGUGGGUAAGACUCAAAUGAAUGAGCAGUCGUCAAGAAGUCACUUUGUCUUCACUUUGAGGAUAUCAGGUGUUAAUGAGAGCAUGGAGCAACAUGUACAAGGUGUUCUCAACCUUAUCGACCUUGCUGGCAGUGAACGUCUUUCCAAAAGUGGUUCCACGGGGGAUCGGCUAAAAGAAACUCAGGCCAUCAACAAGAGUUUGUCAUCAUUAAGUGAUGUUAUAUUUGCACUGGCAAAGAAGGAAGAGCAUAUACCUUUCAGGAACUCAAAGCUUACAUAUCUUCUCCAGCCUUGUUUAGGUGGUGAUUCGAAGACGCUAAUGGUGGUAAAUGUUUCUCCGGCACCAUCCUCAGUGAAUGAGUCGCUUUGUUCUCUUCGGUUUGCUGCAAGAGUAAAUGCUUGUGAGAUCAGCAUCCCUCGACGCCAAACCUCCAUGAGAUAUUUGGAGCCACGACUGAGCUAUGGAUAACUCUCUUAUUGUAGUACUUGGAUUCGUAAUUAUCAUUAACUUUGUAAGUUCUAACUGUAAUGUGCAUGUAUAGGAGAAAGAAAGAAUACAUGGGUGGUUUGUAACAAUGAUAGCUAGCUGUAGCUUUGUACUUCUUCUUGUUGUUGAUUUGAUGAGACUCGAUAGUCGAUGAUAUUCGUUUCAUAAUUCAUUCA